UCACGAUUGAACGAUUGAUUUAACCGGGGAAAGUCGUUGAACGAUAACGAGGGUACUGUUCCAUUAUCCUAAAAAAGAAGAAAUCCACUGAGAGUGGUCGUGUUCAGAAAUCAAUCAAGGUUUAGCCACUCUCACUUUCCCUUCUGUGUGGGCACCGGUUAUAUUUGUUUGCUACUGAUAAAGGAUGACAUCAAGUGAAUGGCGUGUUGAAAGAAGGCAAAGCUCAACUAAUGAAUCCCCUCUAUCGAGGGAUCUAGAACAUGCAACUGAAACUGGGUCACUCUCCAUUGUUGUGCUUGGUGCUUCUGGUGACCUUGCUAAGAAGAAGACAUUUCCAGCACUUUUCAACCUAUACCGUCAGGGAUUCCUACUACCAGAUGAGGUUUGUAUUUUUGGCUAUGCUAGGUCAAAACUCACUGAUGACGAGUUGAGAAACCGCUUACAUGGCUAUCUUGUUCCAAGCAAAGAUUUUUCCCCUGAGCAGUUGGAGGAAGUAUCAAAGUUCUUGCAUCUGAUCAAAUAUGUAAGCGGCUCUUAUGAUUCUGAGGACAGUUUCUGUAAUUUGGAUAAAGAGAUUUCAGAGCAUGAACUUUUGAAAAACAGUACUGAGGGUUCUUCUCGAAGGCUUUUCUAUCUUGCCCUUCCUCCUUCAGUAUAUCCAUCAGUUUGCAAGAUGAUCAAGACUUGUUGCAUGAAUAAAUCUGAUCUUGGUGGGUGGACACGUAUUGUUGUUGAGAAGCCUUUUGGUAAGGAUCUGGAAUCUGCAGAGCAACUCAGUACCCAGAUUGGACAGUUGUUUGAAGAACCCCAGAUUUAUCGAAUUGAUCACUACUUAGGAAAGGAACUUGUGCAGAAUAUGUUAGUACUUCGUUUUGCAAACCGAUUAUUCAUGCCUCUAUGGAACCGUGACAACAUUGCUAAUGUGCAGAUCGUUUUCAGAGAAAAUUUUGGAACUGAAGGUCGAGGUGGAUAUUUUGACCAGUAUGGAAUUAUUCGAGAUAUAAUUCAAAAUCAUCUGCUACAGGUUUUUUGCUUGGUUGCUAUGGAAAAACCAGUUUCUCUCAAGCCUGAGCACAUUCGGGAUGAGAAACUGAAGGUUCUUGAAUCAGUACUUCCUAUUAAAGAUGAUGAGGUUGUUCUAGGACAAUAUGAAGGCUAUAAAGAUGAUCCAACUGUGCCUGACAAUUCAAACACUCCUACUUUUGCAACUGUUAUUCUGCGAGUACACAAUGAAAGAUGGGAGGGUGUUCCUUUCAUACUAAAGGCUGGGAAGGCCUUAAAUUCGAGAAAGGCAGACAUACGGGUUCAAUUCAAGGAUGUUCCUGGUGAUAUUUUUAAGUGUCAAAAGCAGGGGAGAAAUGAGUUUGUUAUACGCCUGCAACCUUCAGAAGCUAUGUACAUGAAGCUUACAGUCAAGAAACCUGGACUGGAGAUGGAAACAGUUCAAAGUGAACUAGAUUUGUCUUAUAGGCAACGCUAUCAAGCAGUAACCAUUCCAGAGGCUUAUGAGCGUCUGAUUCUUGACUCAAUUAGAGGUGAUCAACAACAUUUUGUUCGCAGAGAUGAGUUGAAGGCAUCAUGGGAGAUCUUCACCCCACUUUUGCACCGCAUUGAUAAGGGGGAGUUCAAGUCAACCCCUUACCAACCUGGAACAAGAGGUCCUGUAGAAGCAGAUAAAUUACUGCUGGAAAAAGCUGGUUAUGUUCAAACACAUGGUUAUAGAUGGAUCCCUCCAACAUUGUAGAAAGAACAAUGUUACACUAGCUUGCACUACCUUAAAAUUUGUUGAUGCGUGCACUUAAUAAGCUUGGGAAAAUCCCCUUGGAGCAAGACUCUUCCCUAAUGGGUGAUUUUAUCAAGCAUAUGAAUAAAUGUGGUUGACAUUGUAUAUUUAAUAUUAUCUGCCUACGAAUGCAGAAGAAUAAGUGGUUGACAUGGUGCAUGUAACGUUAUUUGCUUGUGAAUAAAGAAUAAAUGGAAAAUAAAAGUUCAUUUAGUAGUAUUUGUAUUC